AUGUUGUUAAAAAUGACACCUUUACAAGUUUUAUUGGUCCGAAGAGCUAUUUUGAUAGUUACAUUCUACUUAUUUGUAAAUAUUACUAAUUGUGCAGUAACUACAAUAGAAUUCAAAAACAAAAAUGUUGAUUCGAAAAAUGUAUCACAGGAAAAAGUCUGCGAAACACAAGCAUGUAUCGAAGCAGCAUCGCUAAUUUUGAAAAACAUUGACACAAAAGCGGCACCUUGCGAUAAUUUUUAUCAAUUUGCAUGUGGCAAAUUUUUAAAGGAAUCAGUUAUUCCAGAAUCCAAACAUAGCGUAUCCACUUUUACUCUAGCUGAAAAAAAACUACAGCAGCAACUAAGAAUAAGUUUAGAACGUAAAAUGGAUCAAAAGGCUCCAAGAACGUUCAAAGUUCUGCAGUCAUUUUAUAAUAGUUGUUCAGAUAUUGCUAAAAUCAACGAAACUAGUACAAAUGAAAUGUUGGAUAUACUGAAGAAACUUGGUGACUGGCCUGUUCUGGUCGGGCAAUCUUGGAACGCUUCCGACUUUGAUUGGAAAAAAUUAAUCUAUCAGAUGCGUGCAAUGGGAUAUACAGAAGCGAUGAAUUGUUUUAUAGAGAUAGGUAUUGAAAUAUCCGAUGAAAAAAAUAAGAGAUAUAUAAUAACUCUGGAUCAGGCAUCUACAGGACUCGAACAAGAGUACUUAUCAAAAGGUUUCCAAAACAAAAUUGUACAAGCCUACUAUAAAUAUAUGACCAAUCUUGCGGAAGUCCUCGGAGCUGGUGAACAACAAUCGAAGAAAGACCUACGUGACGCUUUGGAAUUUGAAAUUGACCUUGCAAAAAUUUCUUUAUCAGCGGUAGACCACAGAAAUAUGUCUCUUCUGUACAAUCCUAUAACGCUAGAUCAAUUAGAAUUAGAAUAUCCAGGCAUUUCCUGGAGCGAGUAUAUCAAUCAAAUUGUGUUGCCACAAACUGAAUUAAUUACAUCUAACGUUCUAAUCAUAGUUAAAUGCGUCAACAACAGGCACAAAUAUACAAGAUCCACGAUUGACACAGUGUCUUGA